AUGCGCAAUAUCGUUAUUUUCGGAGGCUCCUCACACCCUGCUUUAGCUGAGCAAAUUGCUUCUCGUCUAAAUGUUAAUCUUGGGUGUGCUAAACUUUCAAAAUUUUCAAAUAAGGAAACAAAUGUUGAGAUCCAUGAAAGUGUCCGAGAAAAAGAUGUUUAUAUAAUUCAAUCUGGCUGUGGCCACGUAAAUGAUAAUCUAAUGGAAUUAUUGAUCAUGAUAUCAGCUUGUAAAAUUGCAUCCGCGGCGAGAGUUACCGCCGUGAUACCCUGUUUUCCAUACGCGAGACAACCUGAUGCUCCUUACAAGAAAAAUGGUGCACCAUUAUCGCGGAUUCCAAGGAAUGCUUUUAUUGGUUAUACAUUUGAUACACCAGGCUGUCUUGAUUCAACACCUACUACCCCUUCAAAUGAAGUUAGAGAUCCAUUUGGGGCGGCAUUUGCCAGAUUUGAAGAGCAGGGGUCUGACAUGAGUUCAUCUCGAAUGUCUACUGGAUAUAAACAUUGGAUUGCUCGAUCUGGAACGCUUAUUGCCAAUAUUAUAACGUGUGCAGGAGCUGACCAUAUAAUGACCAUGGACCUUCAUGAUCCCCAAUUCCAAGGUUUUUUUGAUAUACCUGUCGACAACCUUUAUGGCCAACCUUUGAUGAUAAAAUACAUUAAAGAAAACAUUCCAAAUUAUCAAAGAGCAGUAAUUGUUUCUCCGGAUGCUGGUGGUGCAAAAAGGGCAACAGCGAUUGCAGAUAAACUUCGUAUGGAUUUUGCUUUGAUUCACAAAGAACGUCGUUCUCAAAAUCAGCCUAAUAAAACCGACAUGAUGCUUGUCGGUGAGGUUAAAGACAAAGUAUGUAUCUUAAUUGAUGAUAUCGCGGAUACUUCUUGUACAAUUACCAGAGCUGCAAAAAUACUUGGUGAAAAUGGAGCAAAAAAGAUUUAUGCCAUUAUAACUCAUGGAAUAAUGAGUGGUGAUGCUAUUCAAAGAAUCGCAGCAAGUGUCAUUGAUCAGGUUAUCGUGAGUGAUAGUGUUCCACAAGAUGAACAUUUAUUACACUGUACUAAACUUAAAGUCUUCGAUGUUGCUCCGAUAUUUGCAGAAGCAAUCAGAAGAAUACAUAAUGGUGAAAGUGUGAGUGCGUUGUUCGAUAUUAUGGACUUGAUAUAA